CCUCAGCUCUAGUAGUGUACUAUUACUACUCUUAUUGUCCUUCACUUCUUUUCUUUCCUCUGAAGCAACCAAUUUCUUGAUUCUUCUUCCUUUCCUUUUCUCUUCCUCUUCAUUAGUCUCCGUUUUGGGUCUUCUGAAAUGGCCACCGGAAAAGCCGACGGAAAAAGGAGGCUGAGCUACUACGACAUGGAGGAAGAAGAGGAGGAGGAAGAGGAGGUGGAGGUUGUUGAUGGAGAAUUAGGGUUUGGUGGGGAUUUCAAUAAGAAGAAGAAGACUCUGUGUUCUGGUGGUGGUUCUAAUAAAAAAUCAGGAUCUGGGUGUGGUGGAGAGGCUACGGCGGCGCCGUCGUGCCAGGCGGAUAAUUGCAAUGCCGAUCUGUCUAGUUCGAAGCGGUACCACUGCCGCCAUAAGGUGUGUGAGUUUCAUGCCAAGGCUCUGGCGGUUAUGGUGGCCGGAAUCCACCAACGGUUCUGCCAACAAUGCAGCAGAUUUCAUGGUCUUCAAGAGUUCGAUGAAACAAAAAGGAGUUGCCGGAAGCGGUUGGCCGGACACAACCAGCGGCGGCGGAAGAGCUCAUCGGAUGUCCAUGGCGGAACUUCAACCUAGCAAUAUGCAGAAUGAUGAAAGAAGGGGCAUUUUGUUUUUAAUUUUGUUGGUCAGUGCUUCCAUUGUUACCAGAUUUGCUUGCUCUCUCUCUUCUGUCAAUCCAGCCAGCCUUUUGCUUAUGCUCUGUUCUACAGACCAAUUAGUUCAUCUUUUGUAUUAAUCCCUUUGCAAUGUGAAGUAAGAUUAUGGAGCAUAUCA